CGUCUCCGCGAGCGAAAGAGGCGUCUGCCAAUAGCGGGAGAGACGAAGUACUUUUUAGUCUUUUCAUCUAGCACUUUAAAUCACCGGCGUUUCGAGUGAACUGUUGUAUUAUUCUUUGACGUUGUGGUGGACUUUUAUAGAACUCACCUAUAACAAUGCCUCGUGGUGGGAAAAAGGGCCACAAGGGCCGCGGGAAGCAGUUCAGCAACCCUGAAGAGAUUGAUCGUCAGAUGAGAGCCCAGCGAGAGAUGGAAGAAAAUGGUGGUGUAGAGAAAGAGGGCUCUUCAGAGUCUGAGGAGGAAAGCAGCAGCGACGACGAGUCUGAGGUUAGAAAGAGGAGUGGAGUGGAGGGGCUUAUUGAGAUUGAGAAUCCCAAUCGUGUCGCUCAGAAGAGCAAAAAGGUAGCUGAAGUAGACGUCAGCGCUCCCAGAGAGCUUUCUCGCAGGGAGAGGGAAGAGAUAGAAAAGCAGAAAUCAAAAGAGCGCUACAUGAAACUUCAUCUUGAGGGUAAGACUGAGCAGGCCAGGGCUGAUCUCGCCAGACUGGCUAUCAUCAAGAAACAGAGGGAGGAGGCUGCCAAGAAGCGAGACGAACUCAGGAAAGAGAAAGAAGCGGAAGAAGCCAAAGCAAAGCGCUAGUCCUCCACCUGAAAGCUUCGCCAUGUACUUCACUCUCAGAGGGAUGGAGGGAGAAGCAGAGGAGAACGGGGAGGGGACUAUUAUGGGUAGUGUCAGAUCAGGACUGCUCUUAAACUCCUGUACCUCAUUUUAAAUCAAAGUUCGUGGGGCUUCCACGGCAAGAGAAAACAGGUGGAACAAAACAAGAUGAAGAGAAAUGGAACAUUUGGAAUGCCUCCAGGUUUCUUUAAAACUCCUUCAAGGUUCCAGAGGAGACAAUCGCAGGUUUUCCAAGUGCUUCACAGCCUCUUCAUUGCUCCACACCUACCAGGUUUUUAAUUCAAAAGCUGCUGAAGUUAUUUGCAUUCCUUUUGAUUUGUGCAUUAUUUUUUUUUUAAAACAAGAUUACCUAAUAGAAGUUUACUGUCAUGUAAAAUUGCAUGAGGAUUUCUUUGGUGCUUUACUUUUUCUCCAGUUUUAACUGUUUUGUAAGAACUCAAAUCAGCGACAGGAGAAGGAAAGAACAUUAUUAAACACAUGAACUGAUAUAGGAAGUACACUCUGGAUUUUACUACUUUGUUCUAGGUUUAAAAUGGUAUGCUGCAGCUCAGUUAUCAGAAAUCAGUUGAGUUGAUAUUUUGCAUAAACGUUUCCUCAUUCUUCUCACUCCAUUAGAGUAAAGUCAAAAUUUCCAGAAACUGCUGUCCCCUUUUUCUUUUUUUUUUCUUUUCCGUUUGCCAUUGAUAUGAAAACAGAUUUUUAAUUGGAAAUUUACAGAGUGGAAAUAAUUGGCUGUUGUCUCCACCACAGCGAGACAUAUUGUUAUUUGGUUUGUCUUAUGUCCCGUGAUUGUUUUCAGUACUUUCUUACCUUCAGUCAACUUACUGUUCAUGUUUCUUGGCCUUAGACCACCAGGAACAGCCCAUGAAAUUCCUUUAAAAUAAUUUUUUAAUUUUUUUUUUUUUAUUUUAAUUUUUUUUUUUUGGGAGGGAGGUGAUGUAUCUGUAUUUAAAAGUUUAAUCUGAAACAUCCUCAGUAUUUUUGGCCUUACGCUGUUUCUAGUGACAGCUUCUGUAUUUCUGUAGCAGAGUGUCUUUUGUCGCCUUGUUAAAGUUUACAUGACACCAGCUCACUGUUUUUUCUGUAAGUAAAGUGCUACAGUUAACAUACACAUACUUUCUUAGGUACAUUACCACUCAGCAGUAAUGCACUUAUAUACAUAAGCACCUCUAAAAACAGCUUCCAGAUGAUGGCCCGGCUCCUCUCACGGAGCAAAAAACCCCCGAAUGUUAUUAACUUCACAAAGAGGAUUUUCUGCAGGGCAGCUGAAUUGUCUAGACUGAACAGGUGAACAUAAUAAAUUGGUCAUUAUGUGGUGCGUUGGAAAUGAUCUUGAACAAAAUUAUGGUGUUUUCCACGAUGUUCACUGGACAAAAUGUUGAAACCAUGAGGUGUAAGAGGUGUUUUCCCUCAUGUAUUUGAAGUGAUUUGAAACAAUAAACUGAUCAGCUGCGUUGCUGCAUCUAAUUUAAACUGCAA